GAAGUGGGAGAGGUGGGAGGAAACAUGAAACAAUUAACUAGGCUGCCUCCCACUGAUAAUGCCUGCCUAAUGGUUCUCCUGUUGGAGCUCAUGAAUUCUUACGAGGCUGAACAAUGCCAAGUAUGCCUUGCUUUAUCCAAUAAAAAUAUUAUAGACAAGUUUAGCCCUUAAGUUAAAUAAUUUUAAAUGCUCGAUAGCAAGCUUGUUUAAAUGAAAUAUUAUGGGUCAGUUCGGCCAGGAAUUUAGUUUCUGAAUUAUCAUUGUAUAUGAAUAUUUCAAUUUACUAAUUUUUCUCAUAAGUAGUAUGUUAUUUAUUGAGAAUUUAAAAAUGCAGGUAAAACAAUUCAGCCAUAAUCUGACCAUGCAAAGGCCACUUAAUAUUGUAUCUUCCCAUUCUUUUUCACCACUAUGUAGAUAUAAUACCAAGAGCUAACAUGUGUUAGCUUUACUGUGGGGCAGGCACUGUGGCAAUUGCUCUAUGCACAGAAACUCCUAUAAUCCACACUCCAUCCCUAUGAGAGCUAUCAUCCUCUGCCUGUACACCACUCUUCUAAGAAAGGAUCUACUACGACACUUGGAGUGUUGACUGCUGGAAGAACUAAGGUGGUAUUUGCUGUGCUACCAUCUGCAAGCAGAAGGUUUGUUUCCUUCCCGAUGCUGUAUUGGUUAUGAGCCCUUCAGCUGGAGUUCAGUCUUUUCCCAUAAAGACAUCCGUCAUCAAGCCAUGAUCCGUUUUGCCAUUCUUAAGUAUCCUGUUGCCGUAGAAUCAAUUCUGACUCACAGUGACCGUAUAGGACAGAGCAGAGCUGCCCCACAGAGUUUCCGAGGAAUGGCUAGUGGGAUAGUAACAUCUUUUGGGGAAAGAGAAUUGGCUCCCUUUCCUGAAAGUGGCAAAUGUACACCAGAUAGCUGCGUGGGAAGAACAGAAUUCAGAUGGCUGACUCUCUACAUUUUGUGUUAGAAAACAAAACCGGUUGUAAAAGUACAUGCUGAUCUUGGAAAUAGAAGAAUUGAAAAGAUUUAAGUUUCCACAAAGAAGAAGAGCUUGACUAUCUCCUUUUUGACUGAGGGACAAUGGAUAUCAUAGAGACAGCAAAACUUGAAGAACAUAUGGAAAAUCAAACCAAUGACCCUACAAGCACUUAUACAAGACCUGCUGAACCUGUUGAAGAAGAAAACAAAAAUGGCAAUGGUAAACCUAAGAGUUUAUCCAAUGGGCUGCGAAAGGGUACCAAAAAGUACCCGGACUAUAUCCAAAUUGCAAUGCCCACUGAAUCAAGGAACAAAUUUCCCCUAGAGUGGUGGAAAACAGGCAUUGCCUUCGUGUACGCUCUCUUCAACCUGGUCUUGACAACCGUCAUGAUCACAGUUGUACAUGAGAGGGUCCCUCCCAAGGAACUGAGCCCUCCACUCCCAGACAAAUUUUUUGAUUACAUUGAUCGGGUGAAGUGGGCAUUUUCUGUAUCAGAAAUAAAUGGGAUUAUAUUAGUUGGAUUGUGGAUCACCCAGUGGCUGUUUCUGAGAUACAAGUCAAUCGUGGGGCGCAGAUUCUUUUUUAUCAUGGGAACUUUAUACCUGUAUCGCUGUGUUACUAUGUACGUUACUACUCUCCCCGUGCCUGGGAUGCAUUUUCAGUGCGCCCCAAAGCUCAACGGAAACUCUCAGGCAAAAGUAGAACGGAUUCUACGGCUGAUUUCUGGUGGCGGAUUGUCCAUAACUGGCUCACAUAUCUUGUGCGGAGACUUCCUCUUCAGUGGUCACACCGUUGUGCUGACACUUACUUAUUUGUUCAUCAAAGAAUAUUCGCCUCGUCACUUCUGGUGGUAUCAUUUAAUCUGUUGGCUGCUGAGUGCUGCCGGGAUCAUCUGCAUUCUUGUAGCACAUGAACACUAUACUGUCGAUGUGAUCAUUGCUUAUUAUAUCACAACACGGCUGUUCUGGUGGUACCAUUCAAUGGCCAAUGAAAAGAACUUGAAGAUCUCUUCACAGACUAAUUUCUUGUCUCGAGCAUGGUGGUUCCCCAUCUUCUAUUUUUUUGAGAAAAAUGUACAAGGCUCAAUUCCUUGCUGUUUCUCCUGGCCACUAUCCUGGCCUCCUGGCUGCUUCAAAUCGUCCUGCAAAAAGUAUUCACGGGUUCAGAAGAUCGGUGAAGAUAACGAGAAAUCUACCUGAGGAGCAAAACCAAGGCAUCAGCUCUUAUACCCAAAGAGUUAACGCUGUAACCAAAGGUAUAGUUUUGUUUUUUAUUUUAGGAGAACUGACUGGUAAAUGAAGAAAUGGACCAAAUUGUGGGUAAAUGAUUAGAAAAAUGAACAAAGUAUUAUCCCUUGACUGGUUUUUAUUCAUCCUGAGAAAAAUAAUUCUCCUGCAGCUCUUCAUUCAUUGGUGACAAGCCCCCCAAACUGGGAUUUUGCUAAUGAGCUUGUUAAAGAGGUGCCAAAGAACAUAGCACUCCUUUCCUCAUUCUUUCUCUACUUCAGAAUGUUGGAUUUUUUUUUUUUUUUCUCCCAAGGUCAGAAGAAUUUCUUAAUGUUUUAAAUAAAAUAUCUGGAUAUAUACAGCUACUGUGUAAAUAGAAUAACCUAAUGUUGAGAGUGGUUUUCAACAUUAGGGUUAUUAGUGAAAGAGAGAGUCAGGGGCUGUUGGUAAACUUCAGGUGAACUUUGCUUCUACCCUAUUGUGGGGAAUGACAGGGCUGGGAAUGUGCACUGCUGCUGCUACUGUGUAUCACUUUUCCUUUUUUUUUUUAACUGAUCAUUUUAUAUAUAUUAAAAAAAAGAAAGGUGAUCUAAAUAAACAUGGAAGUAUUUGACAUACCCCUCAGAUUUUACAUGUGUGUAAAUAUUUCACUGUAAAAUGUCUAAUGCAAAUACAGAGGACACAUGGGGCUAUCUCUGCCAAUGAGUGAUCCUUGAGUACACAGUUAAAUGCCUGGUAAAUUUGCAUCUGGUACCCCUAGUGCAGUCAAGCUCAUGGACACUGGCUAAAAACAUACCAGUGUGAACUGAUGCUGGUGCCACUGGGAGAACAAGCCUACAUUUCCCUCCCAGGUCUGUAUCUUCAUAGUUAUUACAUUGUACUUUGUGCAAAACCAAGAUGGUGGCUGAAAGUUAAUGAAUCCUUGCUUUUGACCAAGAGACUCAGCGUGUCAUAAACAGAUCCUAAGACAUAUACCACAACUGAAUCAUUUUACUUUUACCCUCUGAGAAUUAUAACACGGUGCUUCACUAUAAUCUGUUGGAAUCAGUGUGUCAGACAGUUAUAACUACCCAAUAAGGGAAUAAUUGUUUCUAAAUUUCUUUGAGGUGAUGCAAAAAAGGUAGAUAAUAUUUUUAAAUGACUGUUGUUGUUGUUACUGUUGUUAGGUGCCAUUGAGUCAAUUCUGACUCAUAAUGACCCAAUGUGACAGAGUAGAACUGCCCCAUAGGGUUUUCUAUGCUGUAAUCUUUAUGGGAGCAGGUCUUCCUCCCUCAGAGCCACUGGGUGGGUUCGAAACACCAACCUAUCAGUUAAUAGCCAAGCGCUUAACUGUUGCACCACUGGGGCUCCUUUUUAAACGACUAGAUUAUAUCACUUAAUGCCAUUGAAUCUUUUGGAUAAAUCUUGGCUAAUUCCUUAACUACUUUAAGGCUACUUUGCAAGACUUCUUAGUAACCUUAAAAAAAGAUUUCAAAGGUUACAAAAUCAGCAACACCAGGGUGCAAGUGUGGGAGAGCGAGUGAGGGUGGAAGGAGUUGUUCCAUUUAUCUUGAAGGUGAAAUUUUCCCUCCUCGUAGAAUGAAAAGCAUCCCUAAGUCUAUCAUUAUCACGAAAACUAGUUAUCCUUGAUUAAGUACAUAAAAUUGACCUUUAAAUUGUUUGAGAAAAGCACAAUACGAAUCUGUUCAGAAGAGUCAUCAUUCUUUGGUGCUAAAAUUCUGUGUAUGUUUUCAGUAUGGCUCUUUCUUUGUGUAAUCAAAGAAUAAAUUCCUAAAGACAAGGGUAGCUGAAUUCAAAGCCAGAAGAAAGACUGUCUAGUCUGAUUAUUUAAAACAAGAAUUGAAACUCUAAAUAUCCUUGGCAGGCUUUGAAGCACAAGGAUUUUUCUGGUAUUUAUUAUUAAUAAAUCAAUAAUAAAUGUAAUCUGUAGCCUACUUGAUGUGUCUAACCAUAAUUCUGCAUCAUCUCCAUUGAUUAAAUAUUAUUAAAUAUUGACACCUGUGAUAGAUCAAGGUCUGCUUGGAAACACCUUGAUUUUAAAUCCCUGUUGUCUGAUUAUGAGGGAAAGCACUUGGCUCUCAAGCCUGGGUUUUGCCCUUCAAUAUAGGGUAUUUUUAUGGAGCCUCUAAUUCAAAUAAAACAGUUUGGUAUAUCCUAGAGCCUUAUUCAGCUGGGGUUUUGAUAACCACCUUUUUUUUUUUUUCCAUGUAAAUAAGGAAAACUGUUUAAGCUUUAAAAGUCAUUGUGCAUUGAUUACCGAAGACCCUUAACCCUUAGUCAAGUAAUUCAGUUUUUAAAACAUGUCCUCGCCUUUUAAAGAACUUUACAAACACCUGUGACCCCACGAGUGGACACUACUGCUCUCAUGUCCUUUGCAAGUACAUGUCAUAAUUCUGUCACAAGUGCUGGGAACACAUGUGAUUUGAAAAUCAUGCAGGGGAAACAAAAAUCAAGAUGGGAGAUGAGAAUAGCGAACUCAUUGACAUUUAGGAAAGCAAAGUUAAGAUUUAACCCACGUAUCACUUUGGAAUCAUAAAACACAAACCCUUAGGAUCUUACCUUUGAAGCAGUAAAUUUUGGAAACUCCUUUUCUUUGCCAAUUAAGUUACAAGCAAGGUCGUUAUCCAUUGUCAUUUUUUUUUUUGUAAACCAGUGCACCUGUUGGAAGCUUUUCCUGUAAUUUAGUCCUUCUGUGAAAUAUCUAUACAUACAAUUCCUACAAAUUAUGCUACAUUUUUAAAAAUUAUUCUUUAAAAUACAAACGAGUUCUGCUCUGAUUCUAUUUUUCUAGCUCCUCCUUGAGCUUUGAAAAUAAAGCAUUAUUUCACCAGUUCUACCUGAUGUAAUUGUGAAUUUGUUCUUUAAUUGACUGGCAUCCUGGGAAACAAGUUUUGCUGUGGAGGAAGGCUGCUUUGGGGAGUGAACCUUGAGUCUCUAGUCUGGUCUAUGGAUGACGUUGCAUAGGGUUCUUUGCUGCAUAGUAGUGCCCCCUUGUGGAAAUACAUAUGUGAAUUUUAGUAGGUAUAUUUUAGUACAUUGGACAGCAAACUUUCCAUUUUUUAAGUAUAUUUUCAAGUUUUUUAAAGGCAUUUGUUUAUUAUUUUUUCCAAUAAUUUCAAACUAUCAUGGAAAAGGAGUUCUUUUAAAGGCAUUUUAAUUUCAGCCUUUUCCAAAGGGGAAAAUGUGCUCAGAUUUUUAUGGAGUUGCAAUUCUAAUCUUUUCAUUUGGGCAAAGAAAAUUUAUAGGAUGUUUUUACCUCUCAUUAUCACAAUCAUUAAUGUCUCCCUUUAUAACUACCUACACUAUGUUUACUUUGAAACACGAAGUUGGCUGGCUUGCUUUCUUUUUUUUGACGUACUAGAACUCAUGCAGCUUCUUUUUUAAUUAAAAGUUCACAUCUUGUUCCUUGAAUACUUUGUACUUCAUUUUUUGUUUGUUUUUGUUUUGCACUGUAAAACUGAUUAUAAAUUUAAACCAGUCUUAACACAUUCACCUCUUGUCAUGUAAUGAAGUGUGAGAAGGAAAUUCUUAAUAAAUGAGUUUACAUGAUUAAAUCAAGUAUAUUGUAAGAAAUCUGCCACCUGUUGAAGGCUUUUCUAUUUGUAUGUAUAAAGAUUUCUGUUUUUCUAAUGCCAUUGUGUUGCAAUAAUUUAACUCCUUUGACUAAGUUGCUAAAAAGAUUUCCUCUAUUAAGAAGUGCUCUUGACUUCAAUACCCAGACACUGAAAAUCAUGUCAAAGGUACCCAAAGAUAAGUUUUUAUACAGCUAUACAUCUUAUAAUUUCUGAUUUAUUUUAUUGCUCAUUAAUUUAUCUAUACUGUGUUCUAAAUGAAUCAUGAAUGAGAAUAGUUUAUUAUUGUAUAAUUAUUUAAAACUGUCCUUUAAAAGAAAAGAAGAAACUAUAAACAUAAGCUAAUCUAGUGGCCAAGUUGGAAUUCAUUAUUUAAUUUACCUCCUAUGCAAUGAUUAAUGCUGCAAAAUGUCUGGUUCUGUGAUAGUAUAUUCACAAAACAACUAUUACUACAAGGUUUGAGAAGUAGCCAAUUGCAUUCUUUUGGAAAUUUACUGUACUGUUUCAGUGUGUUAAGUGCCUUGUUGUAAAGUAAAAUUUUAAGUCUAGAAUUCAUUAUUUUCCUGACAUAUAUUUUUCAUUAUGAUAUAUACAAUAUAUGCUAUUGUAAUAGUUUUAUUAAAUGCUUACAUUUUAAUCAAGUAUCUAAGUUUCAGAAGCUCUUUUCUCCUACCCACCAGUACCUUAAUCGUUGGUCUGUCAUAGGAUUUGAGUUCAGAUUAGUUUUUUUAAAAAGAAGAGAUUAUCUUUGUUUAAAAAUACAUAUUCCAUGCUUGUGCUUUUGUGUUUGUAAAUACAUUUCAGGAGGAAUUUAGGAGUAUAACUACAGUUUAUGCUUCUAAAAUGCCAACAUUUUACAUUUACAUUUUAAGUGCCUGAUUGUUAGUUAAAACUAAUUUGUGUUUGUUUUCUAAAAAAGACGUGUACUUCAUUUCUAAUCUCUUUGGGUUUGCUUUAAAAAAAAAAUGCAAGAGCCUUUACUUUAUAUUUACUCAAUAAACCACAGUGACAUCAACAGUCUUUUCCAAAUUAGUAUUACUGUUUCUUUCAAUUUAAAAAAUUUGGUUUCUCUUUUUAAGAUUUCUUAAAUUUAUUCAGGUUUAGAGUACUUAUGAUUUUUUUUUUUUUUAUGAAAGCCACACGAGGAUUAUUUUCAUCAAACACUAUUUCUUAAAAUAAGGUGAUAACCUUUAGUGAGUGGUGUUGACAAUAAACUGGAGAGUGUGUUAUUUUUCCUGUCUUUGGAUUUAAGGUGAAAAUUAAUUCACAACCAAUUCAUUCAUAGAGAAGAAAAAAAAAUCAGUUACAUGCUUCAUGAAUCCAAUUUUCAUUGUUCAUCAGGGGGCAAAAGUCAUUAAUUCUUCAAGGAAAGCAGAGACUUUUCUGUUAUUCAGUUCGGAAGAAAUGUCAUCCUCACGACAUCACAGAGGGGGCACAACUAGACUUCCUAGUGAUGGCAACAGUUGUUGUUGGGCUCUAGGAUGGAUGGCGAGGGCAUGACCCCAAAGACACAUUUAAUAAAAGCAAUUAGAUGGCAUAAGGUAAUAAGGUUCAAAUAUUAAGUUGUUAGGGGUCCCUGGGUGGCAGAAAUGGUUCAGCGUUGGACUGCUAGCAGAAAGGUUGGCAGUCCAAACCCACCUAGAGGCCCCUCAGAAGAAAGACCUGAAGAUCUUCCUGUGAAAGGUCACAGCCUUAAAAACCUCAUGGAGCAGUUCUACUCUGCACACGUUGGUUUGCCACGAGUCAGAAUUGACUGAACAGCAACAACGUUAAAUUGUUGGAUACAGUUAAGGUUUUAUCCCUGGAUUAUCUGGAGAUGAUAGAGUGUAGAUCAGAAUAGUCUUUCCUCCACCUCUACCCAAGCCUUGGAUGAAAAGCUCGCAUAGGGAGGGUCGCUGCUCCUGCCUGAAACAUUGGCAUGCUGAUUUUGCUAACCAUAGCUUCAAGGCCUCCCCUUACCUAGAAUAUAUUAUAUAAGGAACGAACUUGAACUUCCAUACAUUGUACAAGGAACUAACAUCAUCUUUUAUUAACAGGCUUAUUUGUUCUACAUUCCAUUUAUCAGUAAUUAGGAAAAUGAAUAAUAAGGGUACACUCUUCUCAGUCAUUUGUUUUCUCUACGUGAAAGCUCUUGAGUGUACCUCCUAUGAAAGGAUAAAAAAAAAAAUCUCUGGCCAUGUUUGAAAGUGUUGAUCAUUGUUUUUUUUUUUUUUUUUUUUAUAGUAACUUUCUUAAGCUAGCUCCAACGAGGACUCAGUAGGCAACUUUAAAUGAUAGUUUAAAUGACAUUUUGAAACAUACAAAUUAUGGGCAAAUUUCAUAAGUAAUAAAAACACUUUAAAACCAAAAUAAGAAUGGUUGAAUAGGAAGAUUAUUAUAAUCCAUGCUUGGUUUGAGAUCUCUGUCUUACAGGUAUAAUGCUGUAGAUCUGAGGAUUGGAGGAUAGUGGUGUGUCCAAACAAGUCCUGCUACCAGAAUUAGACAUGCAAAGAGUAGAUAAAAGGCUUUUGCUAGUGUCACUAGAAGGUGAAUACACAUUCACUUACCUUAACCCCCACCCCAUUCGCAUCCCAUUUGAGGAAGGAAAAGCAUCACCUAUAUUCAUACUUACCCAUGGAUUUAGCUUCAAGUCUAAGGUCUUAUUUGUCACAGGUCAUUACAGUCUUGUAUUUGGAAAAAGCCUCAGUCCCUCUAGAUAAUUACGCCCUACGAUUCAAAUGGCAAGUGACCCCGUGUUUUGACAAGCUUCGGCUUCUCUGACUUGAAUCUCCUGCUAGGGGUAGGAAGACAGGAAGCUUCUUUCACCAAGCAUUUGAGUGCUACUGUGUAGCAUGCAGCAGAGUUGCUAACGAAUAAAACUCCUGCCAUCAAAAUUUGUGAAUGUCUGCGCAGUAAACCGCAUCCGUAACUCUUAGGUCACGUUGAAACACAUUCAAUAGUAUAAAAUAUGUUGUCUUGGGUUUGCAAGGUUAAGGAAAUGUCAAUAGGUCCUUCACAACGAACCCGCUAGGUGUUACAGAGGAUUGAGAGCUAACUACUUUUCUGGAUGCAUUAGUACUGAAUUUUAUCGUCCUUUUCUUUUUGAUAUUUUAGCCAAAUUUACACUAGAUUUUAUUUAAUCUAAAUGUUGGGAGAGGCAAUCCACUCUGGGCCUUGGGCAUCUAUCCUAGCAUGUUUUUGCUGGAAUGCCAAGAAGUCAAGGCCUUGGCUGCUUUUACCAGGGAUAUUCCCAGGGUUGUUUUUGCAACGAGCAACCUUGAGGAAUGAGGUAACAUAUCACCUCAAAUAAAAAGAGCUUGCUUCCGUUUACUAUAUAUAUGAUAAAUACUCCAAAAUUAGUGUUUCUCAGCUGAGUUGCAAACACCUACCUGUGUUGCCUCUGUGGGACCUGGGGGACAAGGGGAACCAAAGCAACCAGGCAACGCUUUAGCUACUGCUGUGCCGUGAGAAAUAAAGUCUUCAUCUCUGACCCAGGAAUCUUUUGUAUUCCCCCAGCAUCCAUGAAACAGAAACAGGCUAAUUUAUUGGCUUGUAAGUGAGGUAAGUAACAAGAUGCUUCACACAUCUUGAUAUCUAACAUUUCAUUUUCUUAGUAAGAUACUUAAGAAUCUCAGAAGCGUAAUCUAGGAUUAUUCACUAAUGUAAGUGAGAAUAGUGAUGGAUUAUGCACUAAUAUGAGUAUAUAUGCUACACAUUUAAUUCACAGGUGGCCCAUGUAAUGAGGCAUAGCAUUUUACAGUUUUUAUGCUUGACACACAUUCCUUAAUCUGCAUAAGCCUGUGAGUUAGACAAGGCAAGUGGGGGUGACCCCAUUUUAUGAGAUGAAAGGAUUUAUAAAUGUUAGAGCUAGAACUUGAGUUUAGUUCUUUCUGGCUGUGAGUUUAAUUCUCUCUGCCUAUAGCUUACCGCUUUCCUGUCGUAAUUGCUAUGGCCAUCCUCACAAAUAUUUAGGAUCCAUUUUCUAAGGCAAAGAUCAUGGAUUUUAUUCUCUUAUCAGUCAAUUAGUUUGUUAAGAGGGCAACUGGUGUUUAGAAUAGGUUCUUUGUCAGAUGCUACUGAUUUUUCUUAGCUGCAGUUUACUGCAUUUCAAAGGUGAGAAAAAUCAAUGUUCCUCAUGCAAAAUGGCCCUGAGAGCAAACGAAUCCCCAAGCAUUUGAACUCACAAAUUUAUUAGAAUAAAUCAAACACAGUGCAAGUUUCGCUUGCAGGAUUGCACACUAUUAUGCAGUUUAAUAUCUUACACAGGUUAACAGGUGACACACCAAAUUGCCUAAGACUUUAAAUAUGACUCUUUGGGUUUAUUUUCCCUGGGCAAUAAAGAUCUUCCUGGGAAAAGAGGAGGAAUACAGGGACCUACUUUCAAAAGACAGCAAAGCUCUGAUGAAAUGGAACAGAGUCUCCGGGGUCACCAUAAGCUGGGUGGAUUCUGUGCCCCACAAAUGACCAAAGUGAAGCCCUAGGGCUAUUUGGUUCUGGCAUUAGCUGGUAAGUUCUCUGUCCAAGCUGUCCAAAUCAACAUGUGUGCAUACUUCUGGCCAAGUUUUGGGGCACGCUUUAUUUCAGUGUUUAUAUUCAAGCACUUAACUGUUUUUCUAAAUUCUUUAAACCAUGUAUUUAUUUGGGUAAAAGAAAAGAAGCCAGUACUUGGUGAGAAGCUGCGAUGUACCACUGCUGAGUGGUUUAUUUCUAUUUAAUGUUCACAACGCUCUUACCCGGUAGCUCUCAUUCUGCUGCUUUUACACAAUUGAGAGAACUCAGACUCAGGUAAAUGCGGGGCAAGGAACGCAGAGCUGAUGAACACAGACUCCAGCCCCAGGGAUGCCAACGUCCACAAUUUUCUCCUUGUGAUAAAAAAGUUGUCCAACAUGUGAAGAAUGCAUGAAAAGAAGAAAUGCCUCUUCAAGAUCUCUCGACUGACGGGUGUUAUGCUGUUUGAGAACAAAGUUGGGGAGCACAUGAGACUGAGCCCUGUAAGAUUUUGUGACCCACAUUUAGCAGAAUUCUUGUUCCACAUUAACUCUGGUCUUUUCAUCUAUAAAUACCUUUUUCGUCUUUUUACCCUCAUAUCCUAUGUAGUAAUUCCCUAGGGCUGCCGUAACAGACUGGGUGGCUUGAAACAACAGAAAUUGUCUUAGUUCUGGAGGCUAGAACUCUAAAUUCAGGAUGUUGGCAGGGCCAUGCUCUCUCUCUGAAGGCUCUAGAAGAGCUUCCUUGUCUCUCCAAGCUUCUGGUAGCCACACUUGUUCUUUGGCUUGUGGCAGCAUAACUCCAAUCUCUACCUCCAUCUUCAAAUGGCUGUCUUACCUCCGUGUGUGUCUGUGUCUCUUUUAUAAGGACACCAUUCAUAUUGGUUUAGGACUCUAAUACAGCCUCAUGUUAACUGAUAACAUCUUCAAAGGCCCUAUUUCCAAACAAGUUCACAAUCACAGGUACCAGGAUUUCAACAUAUCUUUUGGGGGGACACGAUUCAAUCGAUAGCACCCUACAAUAGAUGUGUGGUUAAUGAGCCAAAGGCACCAUUACCCCCUCCUCCCAUCCUCUCCUUUCAGGGUACACCUGCCUGAGGCCAGUGGCAGUGGAGCCCUGGAGAUGAAGGCAGAAUAAGCCCCAGGGCGUACAGAUGUAUACAGAGUCAUUGUACUUUACCAGUACCUAAGCUAGUGAUCUGACUUAUAUGACCUGCCUAUGUAUUGGGGGAACACCAGAAUUUGGGCAGUCCCUCUGAGGGUCUUGAGAUUAAAUUAUAUCAAAGAGAGUUAGACUGAAAAUCAGACAAAGGCGUUAAAUAAAGACUGUUUUGUUGUGCAUCUGCCGUCCCAAGAGACGUGGUGGAAAAUCUCCUGCAGAAGCUAUUUAAAAUUAAAUUGCCCAAAGCACCAGAGAAUAUAUCAAAAUGAAUCUCCCUCUCUCCCAGGAGAAUAACUUAAAAUAGGAACCUUUUUGCAACUGGUGCUUUUCUGGCAGGAUUACUGGAACAAACCAAAGGGCUUAAAUUUCAGUACAAUCUAAGAUGAAAUGCCCUUUCCCAUUGAGGUCGUGUUACCGAGAUCAGUGAUUUUUGCCCUUUUGUUGAGAUACUGGUUUGGGGGUUUCAUUUGUUUUUUUGGAGAAUAUCUAGAAAGUCAGGGACCUUCCCCCAGCCCCAGAAAGGUUCACAUGUGCACAGAGAGUGUACAUGCAAUUGCUAGGCAGCUAAGGUACCCCUGAAGCUCAUUUGUGAUUCCAAGUUCAGAACCUCUAGCACUGGUUAUGGAGCCCUGCUGGCACAGUGGUUAAGAGCUAUGGCGAGCCAAGGCUGCUAACCAAAAGCUAGGCAGUAUUUUCUUUUUGUUUUAAAUUAGAUUCAGGGAAAGAUGAAUUUUGGAGAUGGAGUAAUAACUAACUCUGACCAUACAAAAUCAUUAGGGCACUUUCAUAUUUUAAUAACUGCUUCAGUUACUAGUUCCUUUCUUUAAAUUCAGGCUGAAAGUAAAAUAAUACAAAUGUGAGCUAUAAUCUUAUCAUAUUAGGACGUGGUUUGGCGUAUGUUACUUUCUUUUUGUUGAUAAUUCCGAAUUUAAUUUUAGGUUUUUUGGCUCCAUAAAAACAUGCUUUAUGUUUAUAAGAGUAAGCAUUCUGUUUAGUGAUUCAAGUAAAUUCUUGAGGUUUGUUUACAAGCAUUAUUAAAUCUUUUCUAACUACUAUCCUCCAAAAAUUUUACAGAUAAAUGUACCAAUGACAUUUAUUAAACAUCUAUGAUACUUGGACUACACAGUCCUUGGACUACAAAGAAGGUAUAAAAAAUUGUCCCUGGUUUGCACAGCUUAUGGUUUCCUCAGGGGGAUUGUACGGUUACUGAAAAAGUUGCUAAUACUAGGGACACGUGCUGGCCUAGUGCCAGCAGGCGGAAGAGGCAGUAAAUAGAUCAGAGAAAGGAGGCCAAGGUGGAUUAGAGCCAUUAGGGAAGGCUGCUUCUGAAAAUCAGCCAGUGAAAACCCUCCAGAUCACAGUGGUCUGAUCCACAGCCAAUCAUGGGUAUGACCGGGUUUGUUCCGUUGUGCAUAGGGUGACCAUGAGUUGCAGCCAACUCCAUGGCAGCUAACGACAACAACAAUAGGAGAGACUUAAAAUGAACUACAAAAGUUAGGAUUUGAAUAAGCAGCACAGGGCACACAAAGUAGGGAGAGACUAUGGCAAAGGCUCAGAGGUCUAGGUCUACAGCAUGCUCAGGGGUCAGUGUAUACCAAAAACCAAACCCAUUGCCAUCGAGUCCAUCCUGACUCAUAGUGACCGUAUAGGAAAGAAUAGACCUACCCCGUAGGGUUUCCAAGGAGCAACUGGUGGAUUCGAAUUGCCAACCUUUUGGUUAGCAGCUGAAUGCUUAAACACUGAGCCACCAGGGCUCUGAUCAAUGUAUAGCCCAGAUUAAUUCAGAGAUUCAUUGGAGAUUGGCUCAAAAAGGUGACCAGGAUGAGCGAGAGUAGGGCUUUAUGUCAAGCUGAGGACUUAAAUGUUACUAUAUGAGCAAAGGGGAGCCCUAAGGGUUUCAGAAUAGCCAGGGGUCCUGUGGAGAAUGGUUGGUGAUGUUAAAAAAAAAAAAAAAAGACUUAGGGAAGAG